UAUACUUGUUUUUAAAUGUUUAAAUUUUAUGUUCAUUUGUACGGAAUGUUUGAUAAAUGUUACGCUAGCUAGCUGACAGAGUAUUCUAGCAUAGAUAGCUGGGUUACUACUAUUGUAUUCUAGCUAGCUACAAAAUAUAGCUACUUCUACAUUUGUGAUUCUACAAAAGGUACUGGAGACGAUGGAAAAACCUUUCUCCUCGCGAGCUACUAUCGCUUUAGUUUAGAGAUUUCUCCUCAGAGCCUUUCUGUGGUUAUCAGUUGUGGAUCUUCUCUGCAAGGCAAGAAGGAAUUGUGGAGAUGGAGGUGUCAGGCUACCAGUCCAAGCUGCUGUGUGAGCUCAAUGAGCAGCGGAAGAGAGACUUCUUCUGUGACUGCAGUAUAGUCGUGGAGGGGCGGGUCUUCAAGGCCCAUCGCAACGUUCUAUUCGCCGGCAGCGGCUACUUCCGAGCCCUAUUGGUCCACUACCUACAGGACAGCGGGCAGCACCACAGUACAGCCUCUCUGGACAUCGUGACGGCCGAGGCCUUCUCCUCCAUCCUGGACUUCCUGUACUCGGGCCGACUGGACCUGCGCAGCGACAACGUCAUCGAGGUGAUGUCAGCGGCCAGCUACCUCCAGAUGACCGACGUGGUCUCCUUCUGUAAAGGCUACAUCCGCUCCUCUCUGGAGAUCUGUAACAGGGAGAAAGAGAGGGAUAGAAACAAAGAGAAGGAGAGAGACGGUCCGGCUGACAGUGGAACCACAGCCAUGCCACCUCCCUCUUCCACCUCCUCUGUAACUCUUCCUUCGUUGUCACUAGAGGGAGUUACUCAUGUACGUUCAGAAUCCUCCCCUUCCACUGUCACAGACCCCCCAUCCUCGGCAGCAGCCCUCCCCAGGGUCCCCACGCCCCCCGGCCCUAGCAGAGACUCUGAGAGCGACUGCAGCUCCAGAGGGGAGUUCCCAUCUCAUAUUGUUGGGGGCCGGACUCCACACGGACACGGAGACCAUGUGAUGAACCCCCUUUCCUCUGGCUUGACCCUAGAACUGGUGCGCCCCAAGAUCGAGUACGACCCCGAUGACGAGCCCGAGGAGGGGUCUCCCGAUACCAAAGACCUGACGUUGUUUAUGGGACCCCCCCUCCACACCCACCACCCAGACCACCUCCAUGACAGGCUGGCGUCCUCCAGCCCUUCCCCCAGCAGCGAGCGCUCCUCCCUGGGCUUCGGGGGCUGCCACGCCAGGCAGUUCAUGGAUGUGCUGUUGAGAGGCGGCUCCAGCCCCCACAGGGACAGAGGGGAGCAGGGCCAGAUGUUUGCCCAGGGAAUGGGCCUCUGGGGUGGGGGAGGCAGGGUGGAUGAGGGUCUGGGGAUGGGUGGGUCGUCUAUCAUGGAGAUACAGAGCGACUGGUACGGAGAGGACACAGGAGAUGGCUUGUUAGUGCCGGUGAAGCUCCACAAGUGUCCGUUCUGCCCGUACACCGCCAAGCAGAAGGGCAUCCUGAAGAGACACAUCCGCUGUCACACUGGAGAGAGACCCUUCCCCUGUGAGACAUGUGGCAAGAGGUUCACAAGGCAGGAACAUCUACGCAGUCACUCACUCAGCGUGCACCGUUCCAGUUGGCCCGUGGUUUGUAAGGGCUGCAGACAAAGCUUCACUGGAGCUCUGUCCCACGGACUGAAACGCUUUGGCCUGUGUGACAACUGCACCUGUGUUACGACCACGGGCCACGACGACUCGCCUCCCGCCCACAUCAACCUCGACGGCCAACCAGAGGCCAUGGAACGCGGGGACGGAGACAGUGAUUGGCCCAGGUUCAGGGAUGAUGCUGAUGACAUGGAGGCCGGGGGAGGGAGUAUAGAGGACCUGGGGGAGAAGGGGAGACCACACGGACGACUGUCGGAGAUCCCGUCCACAGUGGACAUGAAGGAGAGGAGACAAGGAAAGGAAGGAUUUAACUUUCAGACACAGUUUUAGUCCUGCAGUCUUCCUCCCCCAGUGGUUUAAUUAGGGGAACAAUCCAAGACUGAGACAGAGGUUAACUUUGUCUUGGCUACUAUUUUUUUAACGAAAAUAACUGUGGAACAGAAUCAGAACCGCAUGACCAUAAGAGGACUGGGUUGUCCCUAGGAGAAAGACGUUGCGUUGUCCCUCGGAGAAAGACGUUGCGUUGUCCCUAGGAGAAAGACGUUGCGUUGUCCCUAGGAGAAAGACGUUGCGUUGUCCCUAGGAGAAAGACGUUGCGUUGUCCCUCGGAGAAAGACGUUGCGUUGUCCCUAGGAGAAAGACGUUGCGUUGUCCCUAGGAGAAAGACGUUGCGUUGUCCCUAGGAGAAAGACGUUGCGUUGUCCCUAGGAGAAAGACGUUGCGUUGUCCCUAGGAGAAAGACGUUGCGUUGUCCCUAGGAGAAAGACGUUGCGUUGUCCCUAGGAGAAAGACGUUGCGUUGUCCCUAGGAGAAAGACGUUGCGUUGUCCCUAGGAGAAAGACGUUGCGUUGUCCCUAAGAGAAAGACGUUGCGUUGUCCCUAGGAGAAAGACGUUGCGUUGUCCCUAGGAGAAAGACGUUGCGUUGUCCCUAGGAGAAAGGUAUUGCGUUGUCCCUAGGAGAAAGACGUUGCGUUGUCCCUAGGAGAAAGACGUUGCGUUGUCCCUAGGAGAAAGACGUUGCGUUGUCCCUAGGAGAAAGACGUUGUGUUGUCCCUAGGAGAAAGACAUUGUGUUGUCCCGAGGAGAAAGGUAUUGCGUUGUCCCUAGGAGAAAGACGUUGCGUUGUCCCUAGGAGAAAGACGUUGCGUUGUCCCGAGGAGAAAGACAUUGCGUUGUCCCUAGGAGAAAGACAUUUUGUUGUCCCGAGGAGAAAGGUAUUGCGUUGUCCCUAGGAGAAAGACGUUGCGUUGUCGCUAGGAGAAAGACGUUGCGUUGUCCCGAGGAGAAAGGCAUUGCGUUGUCCCUAGGAGAAAGACAUUUUGUUGUCCCGAGGAGAAAGGUAUUGCGUUGUCCCUAGGAGAAAGACGUUGCGUUGUCCCGAGGAGAAAGGCAUUGCGUUGUCCCUAGGAGAAAGACAUUUUGUUGUCCCGAGGAGAAAGGUAUUGCGUUGUCCCUAGGAGAAAGACGUUGCGUUGUCCCUAGGAGAAAGACGUUGCGUUGUCCCGAGGAGAAAGGCAUUGCGUUAUCUGUCGUGUCUUUGGCAUCAUUAAAGUGAACACUUAUUUUAUCAAAUCAAUUCUCUGUAAUUAUUAUUACGUGAUUAAACUAAUCAUGUAAAUGUAAUUAACUAGGAAGUCGGGGCACCAAGGAAAAUAUUCAGAUUACAAAGUUAUAAUUUUCCUGAUCUAACUUUCAGAUAUUUUAAUACCUGAUCAAUUAGUCUUCUAAUAAUGAAUUAUUCUUUACCUCGUGUCAGUCUCAUACAUCUGAGAAUCUGCACGAACCCAGCCUUCACUAUGAAUCAUCCAUACAUCAGUUGUCUUAAUCAGUUAUUUACUAACUAACUAAUCACAGAAAUGCAUAAACAAACCAACAGUAGCUAUGGUUACAAGGAAAUGAUAGAGGAGGUUCCCUAGUGGGCUGAGCCGAUAUGACAAAGGGAAGUGGGUGUGGACAAAGGGAAGUGGGUGUGGACAAAGGGAAGUGGGUGUGGACAAAGGGAAGUGGGUGUGGAAUGCAAAAAUAGUCACUACACAGUUGAUAAUUAUAUUAAUUUAAAUGUUAUAGUUUUUUUCUCAAUUGCUAAAACACAAUUUCUGAGACCUUGCUCUGUUUCCUGAAAACAUUAAAACACAAAACCUCCUCUUCAUCAAAACCUCCUCUUCAUCAAAACCUCCUCUUCAUCAAAACCUCCUCUUCAUCAAAACCUCCUCUUCACUGCACUAUUUACAUAACCUCUGACUCCUCUCGCAAAAUGAAACAUUCGCCCCAAAACAGCUUUACCUGUUGUUCAGAAUCAAACACUGCUCUCAAAUCAUAAACAAAGUGAUCAAAAUGAUAUACACUCUCAAGCAGUCAGUAAACAAUACACCGAAAAAUAGAAAACACAUCGUUCAAAUCAUACAAUUCUCAGGGAGAAGUACAUUUUUUAUCAAAAAAAAAAAUAUUCAUAUUUUUCCGUCAUUGUCUUUUGAUGAACGAAAACAUGUUCUAUCAUAGUAGCUCAAAAUGGAUCAUAAAUUACUGCUCUGCUUUGCUCUUUGCAAUUUUGUUUUUUGUUCUUCCUCCUCCUUGUACCCCUAUUUUUACAGUACUGUACCCUGCAUCGCACAAACUUGUCUUUUGUCUCUGUCAUACUGUAAUUCUUGUUCUUUGUUGAUAUGAACCUGCAACCAGUCAAAAUCUAUUGAGCAGUCAGUACUGUUAAUAAAUGGAAAGCACAAUGUUCAGGGCCAUACAAUUUGUUCAUACAAUUUGUCCAUGGUACAGUAUACAGCCUACAAUGUGCUGUACUACAGUAUACAAUACUACAAGGGACAAAAAUCAAAGGAGUAAACAUGUGAUCAAUGUGCUUCUUCUUGUCUUUGGGCUGGGUCAGGCCAGAGCACUUCGUCGGCAUCACAAGUAACAUUGUCCCUCCUGAGGCAAUGGGGGAAGAAGCCUCUUGUGUGCCGUGUCCAGCCCUGACAUGAUUCCUCACCUAUAUCACCACAGGCUAAAUCCAUGGCUUGCAGCAGAUUUACUCUGGUGUAGGGUUGUCUAUCAUACACUUUCCAUCUCCAAGAGGAGAAAAUCUCCUCAAUCGGAUUCAGGAAAGGCGAGUAUGGAGGGAGGUACAAGUUCAUAAAAUGCCCAUUGAUGUUAAACCAUUCCCUUACCUGAGCAGCUCGGUGGAAACUGACAUUGUGGGAAUGGGAUUCUCAUUUAGCUCUUGACCCUGCUGCUCAAAUAAAACAUCUCUUAGAAGGUGCUGGGUGUUAUAUGGCCCGAGUGUAACAUGGUGAUGUAGAACACCAUGGUUGCUGAUAGCAGCACAGACUGUGACAUUGCCACCUCGUUGACCAGGGAUUUCAACAAUGGCCCGCUGUCCAAUCAUGUUUCGGCCUCUCCUUCUCCUCUUUGUUAGAUUGAAGCCUGCUUCAUCGACAAAGAUGAACUCAUGGGGUCUGUCCAAGGAUUCCAAGUCAAAUAUUGUCUGUGUUGAAAUAAAAUAUACUGUAUGUAGGAUUUUGUAAGUCAGACAGAGACAGGGCUAUACUGUAGAGUACAAUUAGGCUUCUGAUUCACAUGUGUGUUACCUUUAUUUAACGAGGCAAGUCAGUUAAGAAUACAUUCUUAUUUUCAAUGAUGGCCUGGGAACAGUGGGUUAGCUGCCUGUUCAGGGGCAGAACGACAGAUUUGUACCUUGUCAGCUCGGGGAUUCGAACUUGCAACAUUUCGGUUACUAGUCCAAUGCUCUAACCACUAGGCUACCCUGCCGCCCCAUACAUUGUAUGUACUGAAGAGUAAUGUCAUUCACAUAUAGUAUGUGUUAGUACUGUAGACAAUCUGGAUUACAGUAAAUGUUUCUGAAUGUACACUUACUUGCACAUACUGAGCACGCAGUUCUUUCACCCUUGGUGAGUUGCGCUCAGAAAGUUCUCUGUUUACUUGUUUCAUUCGCAUCCUGUUACGAUGGAGGACACGGUCAAUGGAAAUGCUGACACCGUCGAUUCCCUGGAAGUGUGUGUUGUCUUGUAUCAGUCGUUCCUGGAUUUCUCUGAGUCGUAUUGCAUUAUCUUGAAGGACCAUGCCAACUAUAACGGCCUCUUGCUCCCGAGUGAAUAGAGCUGUCCUUCCACCUGCAUGUGGCAGCCUUGCAAUUCUACAAAAAGUGGUUGUGCAGUUACAAAACAUAUUCAUGCAGUACAAUACAUACAGUGAUUAACUUUACAAAUGUCUAUUGAAACAGCUGCAUAUAGUGUAGUACAGUAAAUAUGCAAUUACAACAAUACAGUAGUAUACUGUACCUGGUCUCUUCUCUGAGUGUCCUGACUAUGGUGGACACAGAACAUCGGCUCAAAUUGGGUUGCACUCUGAGACCUGCUUCCCUCAUUGUCAGUCCAUGGACAAGAACAUAGUCUUUAACUGUUGCUCGAAUUUCAUCAGAUAUUUCCACUAUUUCUCUUCCUCUUCGUCCUCCUCUUUCUUGCCCUUCUUCCUCCUCGUCGCCCACCUCGCAAAUGCACUCGUCCUCGUCCUCUCACAUUGUUUCUUCUAUCCAUUCUCAGACUUUCUCCUUUCCACCUUCAACAUCCUGUUUGCUCUCUGAACUAGCUUAUAUUGGUUGUGUCGCAUCAUUUGAAACAGGUUAAAUCAAUUUUGAUUGGUUGUGUUCAAUCAAUGACAUGUGUUCUCUAUUUGUAUUUGAUUGUUGCCACUUGUGUUUACCAGUAUGGAGGACAUGUGCAUUAGAGUGCAGAAUGUGUUUUGAGAAUGAGAAUGUGUUUAGAGUUUUGCUGAAAAGUCUAAGUGAGAUCUGCUGAUGGUGUUUUACCAUGUGAAAUGGUUUAAGGUAUUGACAACAGACUGCAUAAUUAGCUAAAUGAGUCCAGGCAAUUGAGAACUUUGUUCAGCCAAUGGGAUUUAGUGUUUUAACACUUGAGAAAAACUGUAAUCCUUUGCACGUGAACACUCACUCGUUCGGGAAUAAUUGCAAUCGGUAUAUAUUUACGCUCAGUGUGUCGUCGUGAUCUCUGUUGGAAUUGUCAGUCUGUCUGUUGGAGAGUUCAUCUGAGCGUCUCUCUCUCUCUCUCUCUGCUUCCCUGAAGGCCUUCGUGGUUAGAAUGGAUACCUCAGAGCACCAUUCAAUAAUGUUCUUAUAGAAUAGAUGUUUCAGCGGUUGUCGGUCUUCGCAUCCGCAGACUAGUAACGAUAUUCUGUCAAUCGAUAGUUUCAGAGUUGAACCAUUUCCAGCCGUGUAGCCACGUGGUAUGGUUAGGAAUUCAACAACCAUUACAUCCUAAAUGUUUAGCUUAAACUGAGAUUUUUGUGGUCUCGAGGAUUUCUUCAGGUGGGGGUUUUAUUCGUAACAGUAGAAAAGGGCUGUCCCAUGAUGCCAGAUCAUGCCUGUGUUCAUGGGGGUCGUGGCCAAUGACUUAGUUCAACUUUACAGGGAAUACAAUUCUCUCACAUUAACGGUUUAACAUAGCAUUACAUCAUUUCACAAAUAGUUUAAUCUUUACUCAUUCAUUUUAUACAAUAAUUAGAUGCAAGCCUCAUAACGGAGGCUCCUGUAUAAACAGAGUUAUGGUGACUGUAUUGUCUUUCAUAAUAAGGUCACAAACAUGAAAGAAAACGUACCGGGUCGUAGCUGGCUUAUCCACCGACCGUUUUACACAUUCUCCAAAACAUGGACAUUGUUCAGUUCUCACGUUCUGUGAUAUAGAAUGAGCAAAAUAACUUCUUCUACGUCUCUCUUUCUGCAUGGUCAGGGGGGAGAGAGUCUCCUCCAGGCAUGUACGACCUGAGAUAACAGAACCUGGGUGUAGGAGAGAGAGAGAAGCCACGGUCUAUACCCAGAAAGGACCACGUCAUGAGAUGUCCCUAGGAGAAAGACGUUGUGUUGUCCCUAGGAGAAAGACAUUGUGUUGUCCCUAGGAGAAAGACGUUGUGUUGUCCCUAGGAGAAAGACAUUGCGUUGUCCGUAGGAGAAAGACAUUGCGUUGUCCCUAGGAGAAAGGUAUUGUGUUGUCCCUAGGAGAAAGACAUUGUGUUGUCCCUAGGAGAAAGACAUUGUGUUGUCCCUAGGAGAAAGGUAUUGUGUUGUCCCUAGGAGAAAGGUAUUGUGUUGUCCCUAGGAGAAAGACAUUGUGUUGUCCCUAGGAGAAAGGUAUUGUGUUGUCCCUAGGAGAAAGGUAUUGUGUUGUCCCUAGGAGAAAGACGUCUCUUCUACUUGGUUUUGGUGGCACAAUGCAUCAGGUGAUGAUACGCCAUGGCAGCCUGUUCUCCAUGGAAACAGCAGGUGUCUUGUCCUCAACAUCCUCAUCAACAUAAGGGCGGCAGGGUAGCCUAGUGGUUAGAGCGUUGGACUUGUAACCGGAAGGUUGUGAGUUCAAAUCCCCAAGCUGACAAGGUAUAAAUCUGUCGUUCUGCCCCUGAACAGGCAGUUAACCCACUGUUCCUAGGCCAUCAUUGAAAAUAAGUAUUUGUUCUUAACUGACUUGCCUGGUUGAAUAAAGGUAAAAAAAAAAACUCCAUGCAAAGGAUGUGUCGCGCUGCAUGAGGCAAAAGUUGGGACUGGUUUUCUGAUCCGUGCCCCUACAUUGUUUUUUUUAAGGUAUCUGUGACCAACAGACGCAUACCGUGCUUCUACACCUGGGUUUCUGUACAGCACUUUGAGAUAUCACCUGAGGUACAAAGGGCUAUAUAAAUACAUUUGAUUUGAUUUGAUAUCUUAAUUCCCAGUCAUGUGAAAAUCCAUACAUUAGGACCAAAUUGAUUUAAAUUGACUGAGUUCCUUAUAUGAACUGUAACUCAGUAAAUUGUUGCAUGUUGCGUUUAUAUUUUUGUUCAGUGUAUAUUUCCGGAUGUUGUGUAUCUUUGACAAGGAAAGUAAAAAAAAAAAAAAAAAUCAAAACAGACUUUGUCCAAAAAAUGUUGUUCUCUUGUCAUUAUAUAAUAAUAUAAUGCAAUUAUUCCGGGUGUUAAAUUGAGCGGCUGGACAGUGAAUUGAUCCACCUCCAUAUUUCUGUACUGAAUUAAAUAUGACCACGACCUUUUAAAA